UGACUGUCACACAAAGAGAAGAAACUCAAGCCAAUACUGUAUUAAGGACGGAAGAAGCUACAACCAAGGCUGACCAACCAGAACCCCGGCGAAAUUUACGGCUAACUUUCUCUCGCAGUUCAGUCCCGUGCUCUCUACCACCACUAGUUUACCGCUUUCUUCUCAAGCGCGAAAAGGACCUUCUUUUAUAGCCUCUCCAGUCCUCGUCUCUCUUCUUUAGCCCACCCCACGUACCCCUGCUCCCCUCCUUCCAACGCCCACCAAUGUUACUACGCCUCCUCGCGCUGAUCUUUGCCGCCGUCUUGGCGGCGUCCUCGAGCUCCAUCGACGCCCGUGUCGUCCACCCCAUCUUCCUCCCCUUCGGCGACAAUGGCCGCCGCCUGAUCGGCAUCCAGCGCUGCGAACAAUGCUUCGGCAUAUGUCAAGAGGUGCACUACAGGACGUUGUGUAGCACGCUGGCGACGCUGCCCGGGGUGACGACCCCGCAGCAGCUCCUGGACGCGGCCCUGCGGGUGACGGCGGCCAAGUCGGCGAUGACGGAGAUGCGGCUCGACGAGUUGAUGAGGUCCGGCGUGGGCAGGACCGUGGCGAUGAUGUCGUCGCUGCAGUCGUGCAGGGACAGCUACGCGUCGCUGACGGACUCGCUGCAGAAGUCGCGGACGACGCUCAAGAAGAGGGACAGCCACGACGAUCUCAUGUCGGAGCUGUCGGCGGCCAGCACCUACUCCACCGACUGCCGGGACAUCUUCGACGAGCGCCCGGAGCUCAAGUCACCGAUAUCCGGCGCGCAGCGCCACCUCACACGCCUCGUCAGCAACUGCCUCGACCUGGCUGCCACCAUCAGGCAGCCCUGAGCGAAGGCUUCCGGUUCUGUGCACCUGACGUGCUUCCUUGGACGCUAUUCAAAUUUUGGCAUGUAGUAUUACUCCUAUUAUUUUCCGCAUUACGUGUAUGUUAGUGUACAAUGGCUCUGUACGCAUGUAGAUUUAUCAUCUAGGAGGGGUCUUAAGUUUCACAGGUACGGUAACCUGCGGAUAGAGAAAAACUGUCUUUAGUUAACGCCGGGAGGAAACUAGUAACAGGUUUAUUCAACUAUGUACUCAGAGUCUCAGAACAAGUUAUGUUUGUCGGAAUGGGUCCUUUUUUUCGUUCAGCUUAUGUAUCGCCAAAUCCCCCCUCAAAGAGCUGGGGGGCACUACAAAAGAAACUAACUAUAGCGUGCAAAAAAUGAAACAUUAAG